GUCGCCCACCCCAGUACCCAUCAAGACUCGCGGCGACGCCCACCCUCUUCAAGACCCAAAAGAUGAGCGUAAGUGUUGCUGCUGCUUGUGCCGUUCCAACGACGUACAACACUGGGCGGAAACGAUGAAGAAACGGCUGGAUUGAAGGCUGUUGCCCCAGAUGACGAUCGGGCAUGUUCGAUCGCGAGCGUCUUCACCCACCCCUCCCCCCGCUACCUCCCUGGCUCUGACAUUCGCAUCAUGCAGGACUCUACCUUUAAAAGAUUCGUCGAGGUUGGCCGCCUUGUCAUCCUCAAGGCUGGUCCGUUCGCGGGCAAGGUCGCCGUCAUUGUCGAGAUCAUUGACCACAACCGGGCAUUGAUCGAUGGCCCGACCACCGACGUUCCCCGCCAGUCCUACCCCUUGAAGCACGUCACCCUCACUCGCUUUGCCCUCACCAAGCUCCCCCGUGGUGCGCGCUCUGGUGUCGUCAAGAAGGUCGUUGAGGCCGAGGGUAUCAUCGGCAAGUGGGAGGCUUCGUCCUGGGCCCAGAAGAUCGCCGCCACCCAGAAGAGGCGGUCACUCAACGACUUCGGCCGCUUCAGCGUCAUGAUCGCGAAGAAGCAGCGGAGAGAUGCGGUGCGCAAGGCGAUCAAGUCCAGCGCAUGAGCGCCAUUCGACUUUUGCCUCGAUGUAUCUAUGCUUCGUCACGCUAUGCACUUCAUGAGAAUGCCAUAUGCACCAUGCCCCGCACAUUUCGAUCAGUCAAUGCGCUAUGACUCCGUCA